AUGGUUUUACAUCGCUUGAAGAACAAGAUCGGGGGCUCGGAUGCUGGCUCUGCUCCAGAGGAGGGAGACGAGAUUGGUUCAGAGAAUCAAUCGAUUCUUAUGGGCAUUAUUUCGCAAUUGCGUCCUGGCUGUGAUUUGACCAGAAUCACAUUGCCAACAUUCAUUCUAGAAAGAAAAUCGAUGUUGGAGAGAAUUACAAACGCAUUCCAUACUCCCCAAAUUCUUUUAGAGGCCAAUUCCACUUCCGAUGACAUGGAACGCUUCUUACUUGUGGUCAAGUUCUACUUGUCGGGGUGGCACAUUACCCCUAAAGCGGUCAAGAAGCCACUCAACCCAGUGCUAGGAGAAGUCUUCUCUUGUUUCUGGGACGAUCUUCCUGAUCAAUCCACCGGAUACUACGUGGCCGAGCAGACUUGUCAUCAUCCACCCGAAUCCUCCUACUUUUAUUUCGUGCCUGAAAAACGUAUCCGAGUAGACGGCGUUGUUAUUCCAAGAUCCAAGUUUUUGGGAAACUCACUGGCUGCAAUGAUGGAGGGUCUUGCUCACUUAACUCUCGGAGAGCAUGACAAUGAAGUUUACUCGAUGAAUCAACCAAAUGUUUACUGCCGUGGAAUUCUUUUCGGUAAACUUAAGAUGGAACUUGGUGACCAUAUGGUGAUAAAGUGCGAGAAAUUAGGGUUAGAAGCAGACAUCGAGUUCAAAACCAAGGGGUUCAUUACGGGAGAUUAUGAUGUGAUCGAAGGAACAGUCAAGGAUACUAAUACUCUGAAGACUCUAUACACGAUUACAGGCAAAUGGAAUGGUGUAAUGGAGAUUCAAGAAGGCAAAGGCGCCAAAGAACUUUUUAUUGACACAAAAGAAACGAAGACAUAUCCACUUCAAGUCAAACCAUUGGAUGAGCAACUUGAGAAUGAGUCUCGCAGAUUGUGGGAGAGCACCAUCAAAGCGCUCGCUGAAAAUGAUCAUAGGACGGCUACGGACGAAAAGUUUAAGAUUGAGGAAGAGCAGAGAGUUAAAGCAAGGGAGAGAGCAGAAAAUGGCACACAGUUUGAACCAAACAUUUUUCGAAAAGUUGAUGGCGAGAUUCCCUUCGUGAUUGACAGCUCAAUUGACAUGGUGAAUGAUUCUCCAGAGGAAAUGAAGUUCAAAUUAAACCAAUUGUUCCGUAUUGUGCCACAGGAUAGAGCUUAG